GUCAUGCACGUGAUUUGUGGGGACUGCUACUUUCUUUUUGUCGCCAUCCAACUGAUAUGUACCAAAAUUUUGUCCCUCUGGCUGAGGUUAUAGUAACAUUUCUAAAGGAGGAUUCUUUAAUGCAUGAAACUGUUGCAUGUUCCUUGCAGGCUCUUGUAAAUCAGAACAAAAGUGUGGUUAACCAAAAAACUGGUGCUGGUGGUGCAGUUACCGAUCCUGUACCAGAGUUGGGAAACAUACCCACUUAUUCAAAGAAAACUGCAACAAAAAACAUAAAGGCUGUGGCACAGUGUUCUGCUGAGUUGCUUCAGGCUCUUAUAGACUCAUUUAUUGGUUCAGCACCUGAGAAGCGUUCAUAUUUAAAGGAUGCUAUUAGAUGCCUGGCUUCAGUAGCUGAUUCUUCUAUUGCCAAGAAGAUUUUCAUAUCAGUACUUAAGAAGUUUCACCUGAUGGAUGGUAGGAAUGAAUUUAUAAAGUUGGACAGUUAUACUAAUUCAAUGGGCAUUGAAGAAGAGCACAAUCAAAGUACUAGAGAGAAUAAUGCACAGCGAUGUGUAAUAAUGGAAUUAGCUUCUUCUCUAGUUGAAGGAGCCCAGGAAGAUCUUAUUGAUCUAAUCUAUACCUUUAUCAAACACACUUUUCAGGCCAGCGAGGAGGUUGCGAAUCGUGAAGCAUACUAUACUUUGAGCAGAAUUCUAGAGGAACAUGCUUUGUUCUGUUCUUCCCGCUCUAUUGAAUUGAUUGAUCUGUUACUUGGGUUGAAAUGUCCUGGUGAUACUGUAUCUCUAAGGAGUCGAUUUGCUUGUUUCCAGACUUUAAUGAUUCAUACUUUGAAGAUAGACUCAGAGGUGGAAAAUGCAAAGGCUUUUCUUAUUCUGAAUGAGAUCAUAGUCACGUUGAAGGAUUCCCACGAAGAGAAAGCUAGGAAAACAGCCUAUGAUAUACUCCUCAACAUAAGAUCUAGUUUGAGAGACUCGUCAUGUCUCAGUUCAGACGGACCUUACCAGAAACUAAUUAACAUGAUAAUGGGAUAUCUUUCCAGUGCAUCACCUCACAUAAAGAGUGGAGCAGUGUCUGUGCUAUCUGUUCUGGUGUAUAAAGAUACUGAUAUUUGCCUUUCAAUACCUGAGCUUGUGCCUUCUCUUUUAUCUUUGCUGCAAGGCAAAGCUCUCGAAGUCAUCAAAGCUGUAUUGGGCUUUUUCAAAGUACUGGUAUCUUGCUUAGAGACUAGGCAUCUGCAAAAUCUUCUACCAGCUAUUGUCACAGCGGUUCUCCCCUGGUCCCCUGUCUCGAGACAUCAUUUCAGAGAAAAGGUCACAGUCAUCAUGGAGAUUAUGUUAAGGAAGUGUGGUUCUCCUGCAGUUGAGUUAGUUACACCAGAUAAAUACAAAGGUUUUGUCAAGGGUAUUCUGGAGAACCGCCGCGAUGGCAAGAAAAGUUCCAAGGAAGUUGCCACCACAGAAACAGAUAUGGAGCAGGCAGAUUCUUCAACCAACAGGAUGGAGAAUAGAAAACGCAAGGAAUUGGAUUUUCCAGAGAAAAAUGGAUCAAUGGAACACAGGAAAAGAAAAAGGGUGAAGGAACACAUAAAUGGAAAGCCUAGUACUGAAGGUAUAUUUUCUGCGGGUGGAGAUGGACUGAAACGUGCUAUGAAAAAUAGGCAAUCUGAUGUGAUCAAAUCAUUUACAGACCGGUCAGAAAUAACUGGAAAGACAAAUAAAGAGAAUUACAGUAAACGUCCCUCAGGUGGUCGCAGAGGAAAGAUUGGGAAGAUGAGUACAAGCAAGGAUGUGACUGCGGUAAGGAGACCUGGCGCUACAGCCAAAUUGUUCAAACACAAGAAAGUUGGGAAGAAAUAGUAUCUAAUUACAUGUUCAUUCGAUGUGGGAUGAUGCAUACGAGGAAGGUGACAAGAAUUGCACACCCCCUUCAUUUUGCUCAUUAGCUUGAGGAACUAGCUUAUACAU